AUGCAUACUAGUGCAUUAUUAUUAAAUCAAUUACCAUAUAAAUUGAGAGAUACAAGUGCCCCUUUAAUUUCGUGUGAUAUUGGUGGAUUUAUUUUUCAGAAUGUAUUACUUGACACUAAUGCUAGUAUUAAUUUAUUACCUACGAGUAUUUGUGAUAAAUUUAAUAUUUCUGAUCUUAAACCUUCUACUGUUACCUUACAAUUUGCUGAUAGAUCCAUAAAACAUCCUAAAGGUAUUUUAGAAAAUGUGAUAGUGAUAGUUAAAGGGUGUAAAUUUCCAGUUGAUUUUGUAGUGCUGGAAAUAGAUUUUAAUGGACAGUUUUAUACUAUACCAAUCAUCUUAGGGAGACCAUUUUUGCAUACAGCAAAGAUGAAUAUUUAUUUUCCCAUAGGUAUUGCGAAAAUUUCAUGUAGAGAUCAAUCAAUAGAAAUUAAAAUUUUUGAGGUAUCAAAUGAUGUUAAGAAAUCCCAAAUAUAUGAUUGUCAUACCAUAGAUCUUCUAGAUGAUUUUGAUGAUCCAGAUGUUAUUGAUGACUGUGUGUUGGAAGAAUUAGAGGAAAUAGAGAAUAUAAAUUUAGAAGAAAAGAAAGAAGAAGAUCAUCUGAAUUUAGAGUUGAAACAUCUUCCCUCUAGUUUAAAAUAUAUAUUUUUGGAGGAAAAUAAUUCAUUUCCUAUUAUUAUUGCAGCUGAUUUGAGUGAUGAACAGGAAGAAGAAUUAUUAGAUGUACUUCAAAAAAAUAAGAAGGUUAUGGGCUGGAAAAUGGAUGAUCUAAGGGGCAUUGAUAUGAGUGUAUGCAUGCAUCGUAUAUAUCUAGAGGAAGGGACUAGAAUUAACAGGGAACCACAACAAAGAUUAAAUCCUAACAUGAUGAAAAUUGUAAAAAAAGAAAUUUUAAAGUGA